AUGCUGUUGUUUCUGCUGGUCGUGUUGUUGCUCUCCGCUGGCUGGCUCGUCCAUCUCAGCCAGGCGGAGCGUCGCCGGAAGGUGGCCAACCUGCCAGGACCCGUGUGUCCGCCCUUCUUUGGGGCCCUACAUCUCAUGUUCCGAUUGAGCCCGAAGACCUUUCUGAAACUGGGUCGGGAGUACAUAAGCCAAUACGGGCCCCUUCAGCGCGUUUGGGUCUUUAACCGCCUGCUGAUAUUAAGCGGUGACGCGGAGCUAAACGAGCAACUCUUGAGCAGCCAGGAGCACCUGGUGAAGCAUCCGGUCUACCGUGUCCUGGGCCAGUGGCUGGGUAACGGUUUGCUGCUUAGCGAUGGCAAGACAUGGCACCAGCGCCGCAAGAUCAUAACGCCAACCUUCCACUUUUCGAUUCUGGAACAGUUUGUGGAGGUCUUUGACCAGCAGUCCAAUAUUUGCGUUAAGCGCCUGGCUUCGAAAGCCAAUGGGGAGACCUUCGAUGUCUACCGUUAUGUAUGCGCCGCAACGCUGGACAUAAUCGCAGAAACAGCCAUGGGAACCAAGAUACAUGCUCAGGCCAACGAGAGCACUCCUUAUGCGGAGGCUGUUAAAGAAUGCACUGCCCUGCUGAGCUGGCGCUUCAUGUCCGUCUACCUCCAGAUUGAGCUACUCUUCGCACUGACCCAUCCGCACCUGAAGUGGCGCCAGACGAAGCUCAUCCGCACCAUGCAUGCCUUUACCAUCAAGGUGAUCGAACAGCGUCGCCAGGCACUUGAGGAGCAGCAAAAGAAGUCCGGAUCUGAUAUAGUAGAAGACGACGUGGGUUCCAAGCGGCGCAUGGCCCUGCUGGAUGUCCUCCUUAUGGCCACCGUGGAUGGAAAGCCACUGACCAAUGACGAGAUCCGCGAGGAAGUGGAUACCUUUAUGUUCGAGGGUCACGACACCACCACCAGUGCCCUCUCCUUCUGCCUGCACGAGCUGUCGCGUCAUCCACAGGUGCAGGAGAAAAUGCUGGAAGAGAUCCUGCGAGUGUUGGGCAAUGAUCGCAGCCGACCCAUUACAAUUCGGGAUCUUGGCGAGCUGAAGUACAUAGAGUGCGUCAUCAAGGAGUCGCUGAGGAUGUAUCCACCCGUUCCGAUUGUGGGACGCAAAUUGGAAAAGGACUUUAAAUACACCAACUCUACUUACGGAGAUGGAGUACUACCAGCCGGCUCAGAGUUCUUAAUCGGAAUCUAUGCCAUCCAGCGGCACCCGGCCACCUACACCAAUCCGGAUCAGUUUAUUCCCGAGCGGCAUGAGGAUGGAAAGCGUGUGGCUCCCUUUGAGUAUAUUCCCUUUAGCGCCGGACCGAGGAACUGCAUUGGCCAAAAGUUUGCCCAACUGGAGAUCAAGAUGAUGCUGGCCAAGAUCGUGCGAGAGUACGAGCUCCUGCCGCGAGGCGAGCGUGUUGAGUGCGUUGUAAAUAUUGUCCUGCGAUCGGAUACUGGCUUUAAGUUGGGAAUGCGCAGGCGCAACAAUAUAUAAGUUUAAGUUUUAAAGGGUUUUAAGGGGGAAGCGUAGACUUUCUGCAUAUAUCAUUAUCUUAGGCGCACAAGAAUAUGUACUAGAGUUAAGUUCUCAAUAAUAUAUAUUUUCAUAUUUUUACUUAUCUUUACUAUAACAUUUUAAUAAAGCAACUUAAUAAGCUUAAA